ACAAUUCUUCAUGAAAGAAGAAUUUAGCGUAACGGAAACGUAAACACAAGCAGCAACGACGCUAUUUUGGUUCCAUGGCCUGCGUUUAAGUUGUUUACAGGUUCCGUGGUGAGUCUCAACACGAAAAUUGUCUCAGUAACGUUAGUUAAAUAACUUGAAAUCGUAGUUCGCUUAUCUAUCUACGUUAGCUAGAAUAGCUUUGCUAGUUCAUGGUGAACUGCGACAUUACAACAACAUGUAAUUGACACGUUUUGACCCCAAAAUUAUAUAAGAAAGCAAAACUUAAAUUAACACGUUAAAGUUAAUAAGACAGAUUAUAGUAAUGCCCGAGCUGGACGUAAAAUAUUCAGGCCCCGUGAGCCCGAAGAGACGCCGAGGCAGCCGCUCACCGGAGAACCGAGGACUGAAGAACCACAGAAACGACUACGAAGACGAACACAAAUCGCGAUACAUCGAUAAAGACAGGAACAAAACCCGGUUUCGAUUUGGCGGUUCUCGCAGUCGGUCGAGGUCACGGGAAAGAGAUCGGAUAAAUUGGUCAGAUCAGAGAGACAGAGAACACGGUGUUGGAUCAAGAUCCGAUUACUAUGAGAAGAGAGAUGAUGCCCAACGACAGAGACAAGACGCCUUCAUCGCAAGGCGUCUGCAGGAACGCGAGAGAAUUGGUGAACUGGGAUGUCCUGAAGUCUGGGGAUAUUCUCCAAGAGUCAGAGAACCUGACUCAGACGAACACACUCCUGUAGAAGAGGACGUGAAGAACAGCAGCUCUGAUUCCAGUUCAGAGGAGGAAAAGAAGAAAAAGAAAAAAAAGAAGAAGAAGAAAUCAAAGAAGAGGAAAAACAGGAAGCACUCAGAGGACAGCGAGUCAGAAAGUGAUUCGGAAGAAGAGAUGAAAAAGAAGAAAAAAAAGAAGAAAAGUAAAAAGAAGAAGUCAAAGAAGAAGAAGGCGAAGAAGAAUCACAAAGAGUCCAGUAGCUCUAGCAGUGAACAUUCAGCGGAGGAAGAAGAAGAGGAUGUCAAUGAAAUCUCAUGGGUGGAGAAGACUGGUGUUGGAGAAAAUGUUGUUGGACCUGAAGCCCCUCUCACUCACCUGUCCCAAGAUGAUAAGCCUUUAGAUUUUGGCCACGCUUUGCUACCAGGUGAAGGUGCUGCCAUGGCAGAGUUUGUCAAAGCAGGAAAACGUAUUCCGAGAAGAGGUGAAAUCGGCUUGACUAGUGAUGAGAUUGCGGAGUUUGAAAAAUCUGGCUUUGUCAUGAGUGGAAGCAGACAUCGUCGUAUGGAGGCUGUGCGUCUGAGAAAGGAAAACCAGAUUUAUAGUGCUGAUGAGAAGAGAGCGCUGGCAUCCUUUAACCAAGAAGAAAGGAGAAAGAGGGAGAGCAAAAUCCUUUCAAGCUUCAGAGAAAUGGUGUACAGAAAAACUAAAGGCAAAGAUGAGAAGUAGACUGUCCUGCAGAAUUAUAUUUUCAGUUUGUUCGUCUUUAUUUUUCUUUUUAAACUUAAAAAAAUGAUUAAGACAGAUUUUACUGAAAUAAUAUUUCCUCUGCUUGGACAUCCUCCUGUGCAAUACACAGUGAGAGGCUUGUGAACUAAUAUUGUUGUGUAAAAUUAUUUUUAAUUACGAGUAAGGAAUAAAUUGUGACCAGUAGAACUCAAAUGAUUACCCACUGCAAAACCCUUAAUGUGAUGUGUUUUUUGCAUCUAAAUAAACAGAAUGGUCACGUUAUUCACUGUCAUGUUGGAACUUUCAUUAACUAUGAGAAUGAACUUUUUUUAGUAAUAAAUAACCCCGUUUUAACCUUG